AUCUAUAACUUUAAUGAGAAGAGCUUGGGAAAUUACCUUACUCGUUUUAUUAUGAUGUUGGGUAAGGACCUGGAUCUCUGAGCAGCGCCACCGCCGGCAGAAAUUGUAACUAAAAUUUGCUCAAAGUGUUUGUUUCCAAAAAUUCUUGCUCCUUUUGAAGUACUUCUGUGAAAACUAUGGACGUUUUUCACUAAUACGUGAACUUUUAAAUCUGUUUCUGACUGUUGGAUCGUCCCACAUUUGGGACGCAGACAAAAAACAUUGUGCCAGUCCAUGUCUUACUUCUGCUAAAUAUUAGCUUAAAUGUGAGUGUGUAAUUAAUUGGUAGUGUGUGUUGGUGGCACAGUUGCUGCGCACCCCGAUCUUUUCGUGGAUUCAAAUCCUGUCUUGAGUUUUAUGUCCACUAAAAUAAAAUGUCAAAAAUGUCAUUUUACUGUAGUGAAGCAAAAGCUAGCAGUAAAAAGCUUCAGAGAGUUGCGAUGACGGUUAAUCCAAAAGGAAUAUUAAUAUCUGAUCUAAAUUCUGGAGAAACGCAAUCAAAUUUUUCUAUUUAUAGGAUAUCUUUCUGCUCGGCGGAUGCGAAUUACGACAGAGUGGUCGCAUUCAUUGCCACGAACAAAAAUGAGACGUACGAGUGCCAUGCAUUUCUCUGUUCCAAACGAAAGGUGGCACAGGCGGCAGCCCUCACCAUAUCCCAAGCUUUUAACAUCGCAUUUGACAUCUGGGAACAUGCACAGGGGGAAAAGCUUAACCAAACUAGUAAUCAGGAUAAAGAAUCUGCAGAAAAUAAAACAAAGGAAUCGAGUUCCGAAAGUAAUAAUGGUCCCGAAAGAAAUAAUCAAAUUACGUUAAUAGAUUUUAAUAACGAAUCAGAAACCGUAACAAACGAAACAAUGAGGAAAUUGGGCUUCGACCAUGACAUGAAUCUCAAUGACAGUUUUUCUACACUGGCACAGUCGCGAUCUCAUCCCAUGUUUAACACAAACUACAAGACGGAAGACCUGAAAAACUUGGAACAGUUCGUGCAGAAUCAAGGAGAAAGCUGUGAUAUGGACCCGUUCAUGGAAGAACAGACGGACGACCUGUUGAGUCUGUAACCGGCCGGGCCGACGUUUCGGUGAAGGAAAUAAUGUCUACCAACUUCGGUUACGUUAAUUUGUAAUUUCCACGAACACAUAAAUUCGAACCAAGUUUCGGAGGACAUAUCUAUAAAAGGAAAGGUGCAUAAACGUUUUAUUCUUUUUUUGCCAUAUAAUGAAAAUAAUUUUGUGAAUUGUCUUACUUUAAAGUGGUAUGUUGUUGUGUUUUUUUUCUUUCUUUAUUGUCCAGAAAAUGCACAAUAAUAAAAAAAUUUCUCUCUUAUCAAGUGAACAUUUCACAU